AGCCAUUUUUGCUUGAAGCCUCCAGGAUGUCAGUGCUGGGAUGAUCCAGUAUUCGGGCAGUGCGCCAACAGGGCCGACAGCAGCCCUGCUGGGCCUGGCAUUGCUACCGCUGCUGGUGCUGGAGUUGGCCUUCUACGCCAUCCUUUCUCUUGCACUGCUCCUGUAUUUCGCGUAUCCUGGUCACAGAGAGAAGAUCAGCCAGAAAGCGCCUGCUGCCAAUGAGACCUUGGACCGCCUGCGCGCUGCACGGCAAAGCGGUGAUCCGUCGCGCUUGAGCAAGCUGCUGCAGGAGGUCCUCACGCCUGACCUCGCAGGCGCUCUUGGGGACGAGGCUCUCGGUGAUGGAGCAGAAGAGCUGGUGGACGAGGUCUGUGACACGCUCCAAGCCUGCAGCAUCAGCUCCAAGGUCACGCGCAGUCUCCGGGCUUCUUUCGGAGAGAGCUGCCUGUUCCUUUCAGGGGGCGGCAUGCUUGGAAUGUACCACAUUGGUACAGUCCGCCGCUUGCUCCAGGAAGGUCUCCUGCCGAACCAGAUUUGUGGAACCUCAGUGGGGUCGAUCGUUGGAGCCUUUGUAGCCACGCGCACUGAUGACGAACUGCACCUUGAGUUGGACAGCCUGGAGGAGUGGUACAGGCAGAUGGGUCCUGUGCAAGGUCCUUUCCCUGUCCAAUACUGGGAAGUCGUUGUGCGGGUGCUUUGGCGAGGUUACAUCUACGACUACAUGAACCAGUAUCGCAACCAGGCGACCUUUGUCUCUGCUGGCCUGACCUUUGCUGAAGCCUAUGCACGAACUGGCAGGACCUUCACAAUCACCUGUGCGCCUGUGACGGGCGGCCCCGUUGUGCUGCUGAACAGGCACACUUCGCCUAAUGUGCUGAUUGCUUCUGCCAUUUGUGCAUCAUCGUCCAUGCCAAUGCUAGUUGAGGCCGUGCGCCUUCUGGAGAAGAUGCCAGACGGCUCUGUUCAGCUGGUUAGCAAUUGUGAUGGCAACCCCAUGGGUGAAUUGAUGCGGGAUGGGACGAUGCUGGCCGACUCUCCUUGUGAUCAGCUGGAGCACAUGUUGAAUGUGCGCUGGUCUAUCAUUUCACAGGUAAAUCCGCAUGUGGUUCCGUUUUCGUUGCCCUUUGUUCUCGCAAAGCGCAUUGGCCAAUUUUCCAGCGUCUACGCGAGGAUUUUGACAAGGGCUGAGGGGCAGCUGCGGAGGUUCAUUUGGAGCACGCUGCAUGCGUUCCAAGCAUGGACCAGUUUUCCAAAACAAGGUUCCUGGAUUUCUCAACUCUUGUUCCAAGACUACUUUGGGAAUGUGAACAUAAUUCAUUACAAUAUGCGCUUUAGAGACGACCUGCGCUUGAUCAAAAACGAGACGAGCCUCGAAGACUUCAGAAAAAAGGCCGUGGCAGGUGCUGCAUGCACUGAUGAACAGCUGCCACGACAGCGCCUUCGCCAUAAGCUGGAGGCCACCUUGGGCUCUCUCGAAGAAGCUACCUCCAACGUACGGAAGACAAGACCUCGCCGGGUUGCUGGGCGCCGUGGACGCGCUUGAGAGGAUCAACGCACCACAGUCUGAGAAUCGGAGCCAUGUGAUUCUUGGGAUAGACCUUUGUGGCGCCGUAAAUUGCACAUUUCUUGAAAUGCGCCUCUUCCAGAGGCAUUCCCCUUCCCUUUCUUUUUAUGGAUCCGUGGCUGAAAAGGGAGGUUGUUCUGAUAAUCGACCAGGGCCUCAAGACGAGUCCCUCAUGAAUUUUGACCGCCAAACAGCGCACAUUUCAGACAAAUGGAUAUCAUGGUGCCCAAUUCUUCCAUCCCUAGAAGUGGAGAAGUCAGACAGUGUUGUGGUG